AUUUAUCACUAAAAACAAAACUGAUUCAAACAUGCCCUGUGCCAGAUCCUUCUCCAUUACAGAUUAACCGCGUCUUCUCUCCUUCUUCGUUAGAAACCCCAUUUAUGAGUUAUUUAUUGAUGAAAAAUAAUUUAUUGUCUUGCAAUGUGAAACUUAAUCCUGUUUGGUUAAUUUGAUUUCUUUGAGGAGAAUUGAAAAAUAUGGAAGGGUUAUUGAAUUCUUUGGUUAACCCAAGUUGUUUAAAACCCUUUGGUUUUACUCCAAGAGUUAGUUAUAAUUUCCCGGUUAUCACGAGAACUUGGCGUUUAGAUAAAAAACUUGGUUGUGCGCGUUUUGUUAGAGAUAGUGCCGCUGGUGCUAGAAUAGCUAGAAUUGCUGCACUGGAUAGUGAUAAUAAUGGAGAGGAGUCUGAUAUAAAUUGGGAAUCAGAGUUUGUAGGGGAAGUGGAUCUGUUUGGUUACAGAGCUUCGAAGAAAAGGAAAAAACAACAGAAAUCACAGUUGCUUGAAGAUACUGAUGUAAUAGAUCGGUGUGUGAGUGCACUAGAGGUGGCACUAGAAUCAAUUAAAUCGAAUGGUAUGGCUCAUGAAAUGGAAGAUUUGGUUACUGUUAAUAAGAAGAAAAAGAAGGCUACGAAGAAGUUGGUAAUCAAGAAGAAAACAGAUAAGAAAAUCAAAUUCUCUAGGAUAUCUAACCGUAGAAAACAAUUCAACAUUAACAAAGAAAUUAUUGAAUCUCGGACUGCGGAGGAUGUGUUGGAUGUUGCGUACGAAACAAUUGUUGCGGUUGCAAAAGAACAAAGCCCCUCACCUGUCUCCCCCGUGAAUAUUGCUACUGCUCUUCACCGCAUUGCUAAGAAUAUGGAGAACGUUUCAAUGACGAAAAAUCGAAGAUUGGCUUUUGCUCGACAAAAAGAGAUGUCUAUGCUUGUCGGCAUUGCAAUGACAGCCUUACCUGAAUGUUCAGCUCAAGCAAUCUCUAACAUAGCAUGGGCAUUGUCCAAUGUUGGAGGAGAAUUUCUUUACUUUUCAGAAAUGGAUAGAAUUGCAGAGAUUGCACUGACCAAAGUUGAAGAACUAAACUCUCAAAGCGUUGCUAAUAUUGCUGGUGCUUUCGCUUUAAUGCAGCAUUCAGCUCCCCAUCUUUUCUCAGCAUUGUCGAAAAGGGCAUCAGAAAUAAUUCACACCUUCAAAGGGCAAGAACUUACAAAGCUUUUGUGGGCUUUUGCAUCUCUUUUUGAGCCUCUUGAUCAUAUGCUUGAUUCUUUAGACAGACUCUUCAAAAGUCAUAGCCAAUUGAGAAGUUUACUUACUUUAAGUAGAGAUCAGCUUGGGAUUAUGGCUUGGUCCUAUGCUGUUUUUGGGCUGAUGGAUAGGAGUUUCUUCUCUUAUGUCUGGAAAAGUCUCCCCCAUUUUGAAGAACAACGGGUUUCAGAGAUGUUUAGGAAAGAUAUCAUGUUUGCUUCUCAGGUUCAUCUUGUAAACCAGUGUUUGCAACGUGAGUUCCCGCAUCUUCCGUUGUCAUUAUGCGGCGAACUUGAGAAUAAAAUUGUGUGCGCUGGAAAGAGUAGAAAGUUUAACGAGACGAAAACUUCGUUGUUUCAGAAAGAUGUUGGUCAUCUUCUUGUUAGCACUGGACUUGAAUGGGUGGAAGAAUAUGUUGUGGAUUGCUACACUCUGGAUGUUGUGAUAGUUGAUAAGAAGAUUGCUCUGGAAAUUGAUGGUCCAACUCAUUUCUCAAGAAAUACUGGUGUGCCUUUAGGACAUACCAUGCUAAAACGCCGGUACAUUACUGCUGCUGGUUGGACACUCGUAUCACUAUCCUACAAAGAGUGGAAGCAACUUCAAGGAAGAUUUGAACAAAUGGAGUACCUUAGAGACAUUCUUAAAGAUCAUGUAGAUUUAAGAUAUGCCAAUAGACUAUCCCAAUUCUCUGGGAUAUCUGACCGUCGAACUGAAAUCAACUUGAACAAAGCAAUUAUUGAAUCACAGACUGCGGAGGAUGUUUUGCUCUUACCUACGAAACAAUUGUUGCGAUUGCAAAAGGACUAAGCCCCUCACCUUUCUCCCCCUUGAAUAUUGCUACUGCUCUUCAUCGCAUUGCUAAGAACAUGCAGAAAGUUUCUAUGGAGAAAACUUGAAGAUUAGUUUUUACUCGAUGUCAAUGGUUGUCACUUGUCAGCGUUGCAAUGACAGCCUUACCUGAAUGCUCGGCUCAAGGAAUCUCUAACAUACCUCGGACACUGUCCAAAGUUAGAGGAGAACUUCUUUACUUUUCAGAAAUGGAUAGAAUUGCGGAGAUUGCACUGACAAAAGUUGAAGAUCUAGACACUCAAAGCAUUGCUAAUAUUGCAGGUGCUUUCGCUUCAAUGCAGCAUUCAGCUCCCAAUAUUUUCUCAGAAUUGUCAAUAAGAGCUUCACUGCUUCAGAAAUAAUUCACACCUUCAAAGGGAAAGAACUUGCACAGCUUUUGUGGGCUUUUGCAUCUCUUUACGAGCCUGUUGACCCUAUGCUUGAUUCUUUAGACAAACUCUUCAAAAGUCAUUGCCAAUUGAGGUGAAAAAACAUCAAAUAAUUAUGAACAAACCACUAUUGUUUGGCUAAAUAAACGGACAAGAGGAUUGUCGUGGCUUCACAUUGAACCACCAUAUUAAGAGAAGGGAACCACCAUGUUGUAAAUUGCAAUCUUCUUUUGAUCGAUCAUAAAUCUUGUUGUGAACAGGUGGACAGAUAACAGAAUACAUUGAUAAGGCCCCUCCCCCAACUUUAAAUAGUCGAGGGGGAAACGCAAUUUUAUUCAUCAAAA